AUGGAACCAAUUCAAGAAGCGAUUGAAUAUCUGGAAUUGCGUGAAGCUAGAGAUAAUGUCUCAUACUGCAAAGUUGCAAAGAUAUUUGGUGUUAAUCAAACAACGUUGUCGCAGAGGCACAGAGGCGUGCAGCGUUCCUAUCGCGCCCAGGCACAACAACAGCUUAUACUCAACCCACAACAAGAGGAGGAGUUGGUGAGAUACAUAGAAGGAUGCACAAGAAACAGCUUGCCACCUGCUAGAAGUAUGCUGCAGAAUUUUGGCAGCCCGGUUACGCAGUCAGAGGUCUCUGAUAGCUGGAUUACUCAGUUUCUACAUCGCCAUGCUGACAAGCCCACCACCAAAUGGAGCACUGGGAUUAAUUGUGAGCGCCACUAUUCUGACAGCAAGCAUAAGUACGAGUUUUACUGUAGCUUAAUUCACCCUAAGAUGCGCGAGCGCAGCGUUGACAAGCGCAACAUAACGUACCCCACGGACGAGUCGGUCACCGGGCGAGUCAGUCUGUUGCAGUAUCAAGGGCAAAUAUAA